CGCCGCCGCCGCCGUGGUUUAGUGAAUGACAAGGUUACCACAUAUGCUUCCUAGCUAAAGUUACAUCCAUUUACCGUGGAUCAUGGUCCUCUUUAUCAAAGUCUUACAAAAGACUCUCAUUUCAUUAUUGGUGUAGGCCAAAAAGGGAUGCUCGUUUUUUUUUUUAAUUAAAAUUCAUAUAAGCCCCACAUAAUCGAUUCCAGUGUUAGAUCUCUUCCGCCUCGAUUUGCCUUGCCUUCGUUUGUGGCUGUUUUUUGCGCGUUGUGAAGUGUGCGAUAAUGUGACAGCAAAGCAAAAAGUGGAAAUAGAAAAACAAAAUAAAAAAAAUAAAAAUAAAAUAGAAUAGAAAAUAGAAUCGUAUAGCUUUAUUUCAACUCAUGCAGCUCUUAACAAAUUUUGAAAAUUUACAUUAAAGGAAGAGAUUUUCUCUAACAAAAAAGUGUUUAAUAAGAAAAGUUUAAAAAUUAUGCUGACAAGGUGUAUCCUUUCUCGAGAUCUGGAAACAUUCUUUAAAGUGAACAUAACAUAGAAGUCACACAACAAUCAAAACUUAAUUCUUAGAAAGUCUGUUGGAAAUUCAAGAUUUUGAUAAAUAAAAAAAAAUCCAAAAAACGUAAACUUGGAAAAAAGUUAAGCAUUGGAUAAUUUCAAAUUUUCAACUGGGAGAAAUAAAUCCGCCAUCAUUUUGGAUUACCCCUAUCAACACUCUACCAUGGAGGACGACGCUGAUGACAGAGAUGAUACUAAAAGGCGAUCGCGAAAUCUUAGUGAAAAGAAACGUCGUGAUCAAUUCAAUUCGCUGGUGAAUGACUUGAGUGCUUUGAUUUCAACAUCCAAUAGGAAAAUGGACAAAUCGACAGUGCUAAAGUCAACGAUCACAUUUCUAAAACACCACAAUGAGGCCACCGACAGAUCCAAAGUGUUUGAAAUUCAACAGGAUUGGAAACCUUCCUUUCUGAGCAAUGAUGAGUUUACACAGCUAAUGCUGGAAUCCUUGGAUGGUUUCAUCAUAGUCUUUGGCAGUCGAGGCUCAAUAUUCUAUACCUCGGAUAGUGUAACAACGCAAUUAGGUUAUUUACCGUGUGAUCUCUUGAAAAUGACAAUUUUCGAUUUGUCCUAUGAAAUGGACCAUGAAAAUCUCCACAACAUCUUCCUAAAUCCCAAACCAGUGAUAGCGCCCAUGCAAACUGAUAUUGGGGCCCGCAAUCAGAUAACUUUCUUCCUGCAUUUGAAACGCGGUGGCAGUGAACCGGAUUGUGGCCGCAAUUCUUUCGAAUUAGUUAAAUUUGUAGGUUAUUUUAGAAACGAUGCCAAUGUGGAGGAUGUGCAUCAGCAAAAUACUCAGACCCAGUUACCUCAUGCCCUGCAAAGGAGUUCCAUGGAAUUGGAUCACAAACUGAUAUUUGUGGGCACGGGUCGCCUCCAAAUGCCCCAAAUGAUACGUGAGAUAACCGUGACGGAUCCCACCUGCAGUGAGUUUACCUCAAAGCAUAGCAUGGAAUGGAAGUUUCUAUUCCUGGAUCAAAGAGCACCGCCCAUAAUUGGUUAUAUGCCCUUUGAGGUUUUGGGUACUUCGGGCUAUGAUUAUUACCAUUUCGAUGAUCUGGAUGACAUUGUGAGCUGCCAUGAGAAAUUAAUGCAUGCGGGUAAAGUGAAAUCCGGCUACUAUCGUUUCCUCACCAAGGGCCAACAAUGGAUUUGGCUUCAAACGGAUUUCUAUAUAUCCUACAAUCAGUUCAAUCAAAAACCCGAGUAUGUAGUCUGCACCCACAAGGUUAUCAAUUAUGUGGAAGUGCUGAAGCAUCAAAAAUUGGAGGGCCAAAAACCCUCCAGCACCUGCAUGAAUGUCAACAAUGCUUCGGUGAAUAGCAGCAACAAAUCCGCCCUCUCCAAGUUGUCGUUAACGGCCUGCGGCCCUAAUGCCGAUGCCACCAUUACCACCACCACUGUAGAGUCCCCAGGAGAUGGCAGUGCAUCAGCCAUGUUGGCCUCCAAUCCCAGCGGUGGCACAUGCACCACACCAAAUAAUCUGAUAUCCUCCAAUAGUAAUGCCAACAAUCUCUAUGGCCAAAAUAAUCUAAUGAAUGAAAUCCUGCGCAAUGAAACUUCUCCCAGCAUGGAUUCCUCAACGCUGUGGACAAAUCCUCCCACACCCACCGGAGCUGGCCAGAGUUGUCAAUUGCAGCCGAUCAAAUCAAACUCACGACCAGCAUCCAGCUAUGGCAACAUAAGUUCAACGGGGGUUUCUCCCAAUGUGAAGCGGAAACGCUACAUGUACACCAGCAGAGGCAAUGAAUCCGACUCGACGUCUAUGUCAACGGAAUCGGGGGCGAGCCGCCAAUCGCUGAUGACGCACAUGAGUACGGUAGGCUGCUAUAGCGGACAGAAGAGUCGUCAAAGGCAUUCCUCUGGUCUAUCACAUGGGAAUUUCUCUGGUGGCCAACAUACGCAACAGCAGCAGCCGACAUCAUCCACACAACCGCAUACGCUAUUUCAACAGCAACAACAACAACAACAACAACAUCACCACAAUCAACAUCUUCAUAGCCAACACCAGCAUCAACAGCAACAGCAACAACAACAACACCAGCAAGAUCUUCACCAUCCACAACAAAUGCCACUUAGUUCCAACUCUCAGACACAGGGUCAGAAAAUUUUCCAAUCCUUGCCACAGCAUGGCAUUGUAGCUGGCACACCGAUAACAGGCAGUGGACCCUGCCAGUUUACGCAACCCACAUUUCCCAUACGCAGUCCACAAAUAGUGGCACCACCCUUCAUCGAGUCACCACAAUAUCUAACCGCCAUACCAGUACAACCAGUGAUUGCACCCUUUCAGGUUGCGCCGGUCAUUUCGCCACUGCCGGUAAGCCUUUGUACACCACCCGUUAAUAAUAUAGAUAUAGGUACUGGAUCUUUCAACACUUCCUCUUGCCUCUUAAAGCAUCACCAUCAGCAUGACAUGCUGGCCAGUUCCGUGGUAAUGUCCUCCAGUCAGAGUCAAUUGCAGGAGCAGUUACAGCGCAAACAUGACGAGUUGCAAAAGUUGAUCAUACAACAGCAGGACGAGUUGCGCAUUGUGUCGGAGCAAUUGCUGCUGGCACGUUACACCAUGCUGCAGCCCAUGAUGCCCAUGAACUAUGGCCAUGGCCAGGAGGCGCUGAGUAUGAGUGGCAGCAAUACCAGGAAUUUCAAUCUCAACAACAAUGCAAUACAGCAACAAUUCAAUCAGUAUGGGUUUGCCAUGAAUGCCACUGAGAUGAAUAAUCAGCAGGUGAUGUUGCAGCAUCAGCAGCACUUGCAGCAGCAACAAAUACAGCAUAAUCAGGCGAGACAACAUUGCCAUCAGCAGCUGCAGCAACAGCAUCAAGCCCAAAACAGUCAGCAUAUGCAACAAACAUCGAAUAUCAACAGCACGAACGGCAGCAGCAGCAAUCACCCGCAACCACAGUCACAGUCGUCAAGCAUGUUGCCAACGCAACCACAAAACGAUCCAAUGUUCCUGAAUCGUAAUGUUCCCGACUUGGAGCAAUUCGCUCAAGAGGAAUUCGAUGCAUUUCUCAACCUAUCGCCAUUGCAGAAUAUGGGAGGAACCUCGGAACCUGCGCUCAAUCAAAUCACAGCUGAGAGUGACUCCACUGCGGCAAUCACAACGAAUGCCAACACCCACACAAAUGCACCCGCCAACAUUAACAAUGCCACACCCAGCUCCAGUGGCGAUAUACAGCUGAUGGAAGCGUCCUCCUUUAAAGCAAAUGCCAACCAUCCCGCCGCUACCACUAGUGAAGACUCAAUUUUCUCCUACAUACAAAUGGCAGCUGAAUCUAGUCAAAAUCUCAACUUCAAUAUGACAAUUGAUGAUGGCAUUUCGCCAGAGACCAACAACGAAGAUACCACCAGCAAACUCAUCACAACCACCUCUAACGUCGGAGGCAAUGCCAGCAGCAGCAGCAGCAGCGUUAUUGCCAGCCAACGGGAUCAGCAACUUUCAAUUCCCUCCACGGCAAACUCAGCACAGACAACACAGCCGCUUACACCCCAAAGGCCACCGGAACGGUCACCGCUAUUCCCAACAUGCCAAUCUCCCACCCAAUCUACAAAUAAUGUACAAAUACCAAGUGGGGUGGUUGUUCCCCCAAACAAUGGUGCCAAUAACCUUAGCAGUAAUAAUGGCAGCAACUCUAACACCACAGAAUCCGGUACACUCUCGAAUGUCCUGAAUCGAAUGUUACCAUAUCAAAUGGGUCCAGAGCCACUGCAAAAUUUAUUUGAGACCAAUAAUGCGAGCGACCAAAAUUAGAUGUGUCUGCUGUUGAAAAAUUGCCUCAAGAUACAUUUUUCUGUGGCCAGAUGGCAAAUUUAUCGUAAAGUGAUUGAUACCCAUAUAUGGAGCAAACGAUUUUGUUGUCCAUGCGCGUUGGCAACGCCUUUACGUCAGUGCUGCUGAAUAUAUCAUACAACGUACUUUGAUUGCCUAAAUCGAGGGUUAACCACAAUGGAACUGAAGUCAAGCUUGCUUUUCCCAGACAGAAUUCAUCAAUUCCGAAAUGGAAAUAACAGCUUUUCUGCUCUUACAUGCUGACAAAAAAAACACCUGACAGAGGGCUUUAGAUUAUGAUAAUGAUUGCAAGACGCCAUCUAUCAGUCAAUGAAAACAUUUUAAAACACAUCUGUUGCAGUCUUAGUAGUAUCCAUAGAUGGUGGAUUGUAAGUUCGAAGGCUUUGUCAGGAUGUAAGAAUGAAAAUUUCGAUGAUUUGGAGUGUGUAUUAUCAUUUUUCAAAUUGUAUAACAGUUAGUGUAACUGUUAUACGAGUUCAUUUAACUGUUAUACUAUUGAUAUUUUUAUAUAGAAAACUUCGAGCUUAGGCAGUAGCAUUCGAAGGCUUUGCCAGAAUGUAAGAAUGACAAUUUGGAUUAUUUGGAGUGUGUAUUAUCGUUUUUCAAACUGUAUAACAGUUAGUAGAAAAAAUCGUGCUUAGGCAGUAGCGUUCGAAGGCUUUGCCAAGAUGUAAGAAUGAACAUUUGGAUUAUUUGGAGUGUGUAUUAUCGUUUUUCAAACUGUAUAACAGUUAGCACAACUGUUAUAAGAGUAAAUAUAACUGUUAUACUAUUCAUAUUUCUAUGAAUACUUAUGUAUACCAAACUAUGCAAAAGAUUAGAGACGUUUCAAAGAUUAAAUUGCAUAAAAAGUUUAUAUGCAAAACAAAAUUAUAACAGUUUUAAGAAUGGAACCAUAUUCGUUUUGUAAACCUCUAUGAAAUUUUGAAAAAUUUUUGAAUUUACACUAAAUUAAACCGUAUAACGGUUAGUAUAAAUGUUUUAAGAGUUUAUGUAACUGUUAUACUAUUGAAAUUUUUACAUAGAUAAAAGCUACGAGCUGAAGCAGUAGGGUUCGAAGGCUUUGCUAAGAUUUAAAAAUGAAAAUUUGAAUUGUUUGAAGUGUGUAUCAUUUUCCAAAUGUAUAACAGUUAGUACAACUGUUAUAAAAGUACAUAUAACUGUUAUACUAUUCAUAUUUUUAUAAAUAUUAAUGUAUACCAAACUAUGCGAAAGAUUAAAGACUUUUCAAAGAUUAAAUUAUAUAAAAAUUUUAUAUUCAAAACAAAAUUAUAACAGUUUUCAUAAUGGGCCACAUUCGUUUAGUAAACCUCUAUGAAAUUUUGCAAAAUUUUACACUCAUUUCGGUUUUGUAAACUUUUUAAGUGGAUUAGCAGAAUGAUAAAACGUUUUAGAGACUGCAUAACAAUUUAUAUAACUAUUAUACUAUUGAUAUUACUAUAUUUUUAUCUAAAACAAUAAUGUUUUUGAGAUUGGAUAACUACAAAUUUACAAACAAUAACAGAAUUCAAUAAAAAAGAUUCCGUUAGCGUUCAUCCGAUAUACAUUUUUUUUGAAUUUUUGACAGUUCUCGUCAUUGAGGUUAUCAACUUGCAAAAAUUUUACAAACGAGCAAUAUUCAAUAGAAUGAUUAACGAGUUUGUAAAUGUUAUUCAGUUGUUACAACUGUUAUACUAUAAUUAUUAUGGUUUAACCUACAAAUAUAAUAUCUUUUUUUUAAUUUGAAUACCUAAAAUUGUGCAAACAACCAAUGUACAAUAGAAGGACCAUUUUGGAACUAUAUAACAGUUUUUAUAACUGUUAUACUCUUGAUAUUAUUAUGAUUUUACUUGCCAAAACAACGUUAUUUUUUAUGUUUGACCUAAAAUUUCCCUUACAACCAAUGUACAAUAGAAGGACCAUUUUGGUACUAUAUAACAGUUUUUAUAACUGUUAUACUCUUGAUAUUAUUAUGAUUUUGCCUACAAAAAUAGUAAUUUUUAAAGUUUGAGUACCAAAAAUUGUACAACAACCGAUAUAGCAUGACCUUUUUGGAACUGUAUAACAGUUUUAAAAACGGUUAUACUAUAAUUAUUACGGUUUUCCCUACAAAAAUAAAAUUUUUUUGACUUUGAGUAACUAAAAUUAUACAACAACCAAAAUAGAAUGAUCUUUCUGGAACUGUAUAACAGUUUUAAUAACUGUUAUACUAUUAAUAUUAUGGUUUUCUCAACAAAUAUAAAAUUCUUGUGAGUUUGGGUACCUAAAAUUGCGCAAACAACCGAAAUACAAUAGAAUGACAAUUUUAGAACUGGUCAUUUAUAACUGUUAUACUCUUGAUAUUAUUAUGAUUUUGCUUGCCAAAACGAUUGUUUUUUUUUUAAGUUUGACCUUAAAUUUCACAAACAACAAAUGUACAAUAGAAAGGCCAUUUUGGAACUAUAUAUUGUACAACAACCAAUAUAGAAUGACGUUUUUGGAACUGUAUAACAGUUUUGAUAACUGUUAUACUUUUAUUAUUAUGUUUUUUUCCUACAAAAAUAAUGUUUUCUUGACUUUGAUUAAAUAAAAUUUUGCAACAACCUACAUAUAAUGACGUUUUUGAAACUGUAUAACAAACAAAUAAUUUACAAUAGAAAGGCCAUUUUGGAACUAUAUAACAGAUUUUAUGACUGUUAUACUCUUGUUACUAUUGGGUUGCCCUGUUAUGGUUUGCCUAUCAAAAACAAUAUGUUUUUAAGGUUUGAGUACCUAAAAUUACAACCUAAUAAACAACCAUUUACAAAGAAUUUCCCUUUUGGACCUUUAUAACAAUUUUUAUAACUGUUAUACUCUAGAUAUUAUUAUGAUGUCAUAACAAUUUUCUAUUUUAAUUUUGAGUACCUAAAUUUGUUCAAACAACCAAUAUAAAAUAGAAUGACCGUUUUGGAACUAUAAAGCUGCUUUUAUAACUGUUAUACUCUUGUUACUAUAAUGGUUUUACUUAUCUUUAAGUUGGAAUAUCUAAAAUUUUACAACAACCAAUAUAAAAUGACCUUUUUUGAACUGUAUUACAGGAAUUAAAACUGUUAUACUCUUGUCACUGGUUGAUUUUACCUAUCAAAAGUAAUAUUUUUUUAAGUUUGAGUACCUAAAAUUGCACAGACAACAAUAUACAAUAGAAUGACCUUUUUGGAAUUGUAUAACAGUUUUUAUAAUUGUUGUACUCUUGAUAUGAUCAUGAUGAUUUACUUGCCAAAACAAUAUUCUUGUUUGAGUUUGAGUACCUAAAAUUGUACAAAUAACCAAUAUUGAAUGACCUUUUCGGAACUUGUAUAACAGUUUUUAUAACUGUUAUACUAUUGAUAUUAUUAUGAUUUUACCUGUAAAAAAAAUAUUUUUUUAAGUUUGAGUACCUAAAAUUGUGCAAACAACCAAUAAAGGAUGGCUAUAUGGGAACUGUAUAGCAAUUUUUAUACCCACCACCAUAGGAUGGGGGUAUACUGAUCUAGUCAUUCCGUUUGUAAUACCUAGAUUGGCUCUGCAGAAGCUUGAUUAGACCAAUACUUACUUCCGCCUCAGUAGUUUGGUGGACUGCUAUAGAGAAAAACUGCAACGUUAGCACCAUACAACAAGUUCAGAGAACAUGUUGUCUUGGCAUAGGCGGAGCGAUAAGAACCACUCCCACUAGGGCACUGGAGACUAUUCUAGAUAUUUGACCUAUUGACAUACAGAUUAAAUGUGAGGCAGUCACUGCGGCUAAGAGACUUAAGGCGAUGGGAGAAUGGAUUGAGGAUGGGAGCAGCUCAUACCAUCACGAUAUAAACGAGACGACGAUAGGAAACCUGAAAGGAAGGCAAAAGGUUUCCGAUCGUAUACCUGAGACGACACUUGAGGGCGAGUGCGAAGCCUGCUGCCAGCGGCACAGUCUUGGACUGACGGAACCCUAGUAUUGCAACCUGGAAGAUCAUGUUACAUGGAUAGAUCAAAGCUAUAGGACAGAGUGGGCCUGGGGGUCUACAUUGAGAACCCAGGAACUGAGAUCUGUUUUAGACUUCCUGACCAUAAUACGGUCCUGCAGGCGUGGAUCCGGACGAUCACGGAAUGCGUGAGGUGGUGUGGUACUAACGCGAGGAUGUCAAGUGUAAACAUCUUUACGGAUAGUAAAAUGGCCAUAAGGGCAAUAACAGCCAGGAGGGUAAGGUCACGAAUGGUCUUGCAGUGUAAGAAGGAGAUUAACGGCUUCUCUGAGGAUGGCAACAAUCCGCAUCGUUUGGGUGCUGGGCCAUAAUGGAGUAAGGGGAAUGAAAAGGCAGACGAUUUGGCAGUGAAGGCCAGAGAACUUCCGACGUCGAGUGUUAACAUCUUUAAGGACAAUAAAAUGACCAUAAGGGCAAUAACAGCCAGGAGGAUAAGCUAACGAAUAGUCUUGCGGAGUAAGAUGGAGAUUAACGGCUUCUCUGAGGAUGGCAACAUUCCGCAUCGUUUGAGUGCCGGGCCAUAAUGGAGUAAGGGGAAUGAAAGGGCAAACGAUCUGGCAGUGAGAGCCAGAAAACUGCUGUCGAUAAACUUGGUUAACCCAAAGCCGUCAUCGCAGUCCGAUUUAAUGGCGCGGGCGACAAACAAUCGGUAGGACGGGGAAAAUCCUAUGGGGUGGCCCGGAUCGUGAGAGGACGAGGCUAUUGCUGAAAGGAAAUAAAAAUGAGGUCACUAUAGCUUUUGGUGUCAUAACGGGGCACAUAGGACUACGAGCUCACUUAUUCAAAAUCGAUGCAGGGAUAACUUGUGUAGGGCAUGUGGGGAAGAUGAUGAGUCGUUGGAGCAUUUUUAUGUCAUUGCCCGAAUUUCGCGGCUAACAGGCACCGGUAUUUAAGAGGGGGCACGAUACGAGACAUGAACCCACUUUGGGGAGUGGUAUGGAAUACAAUUAAGAAUUCCUAACUUAAAAUUUUUCUUUUUCGAGGUUACUUUUUAGUUUUUAGAGCACACAACAACCCGAUUACUGGCUUAGGUGUAUGUCUAUAGUGGCAUGGGGCAGAUGCACCCUCUUUUCAACCAAACCUAACCUAACAUUUCGAAAUAUUGAUCUGCGACCCCAUAAAGAAUAUAGAUAUUCUGGAUCGUCUCGGCAUUCUAAAUCUAUCCAUCUGUCGAAAUCAUGAUAGCGGUCGAACGCGUAAGCUAUUCGCUUAAAAUUUUGCACAUCAGUUGCAAGUUUUAUCCGAAUCGGUCAAUGUGGUGAUAUAAGCUCCCAUAAGUGCAGAUAUCCCGAUAUGAUUUCUUGAGACCAUUGAAGCCUCAAUCAAUUCCCGAUUUAAUUGCUACAAAUAAUUCAAAGACAAAAACAUUUAGUAAGGGUACAUUUUGAGCGGAAUCCAUGGUGGUGGGUACCCAAGAUUCGGCCCGGCCGAACUUAGCACGUUUUUAUUUAUUUUAUUUUAAAUAGAGAAUGUACUUGACAAUAUUCUGUCUAUUUUUCUUUUGCGUAGUUUGGUAUAUAGAGAAAAAAAAAGCUUUGUUAUAAAACAAAAAUCUUAAACUAUGUGAAUUAUAUUUAGACUUUAUUAUUUUAAAAAAUGUACGUAUAUUUCAUAUAUAAAUUAAAAAUUUUAUAUAACACUAAAAAAACGUAUGUAAAUAUUUAAAAAAGACCUAGUAUAUGUUUAUGUAGAUAUAUAAGUUAAUUUAUUAUUUAACAACUAUCUGUUGAGAAGAAAAAAUCACUAGAAAUUACAA